AGCCCAUACAGUGAGACGCAUAGUUACCUUAGAUUGGUUCUCCGGAUGACGACAUUCACAUCGGCACGCGAGAGAAGAAACAAAUCCGCCUAGAGGACGCCAUAAGUGAGAACUUUACCUGAGUCUCCAGUUGUAUCCAUCCACAGGAGAAUAUUGUCAAAUCACGAAUUUAACCAUUCACCAAUUAACACUUUUUGUGAAUAUAUAUUUGCACGGCACUACUUGCCCAUAACAUAUAAACCAGAGGAAAACCUGAAAAGCAAAAUCAUGUCGGCUGGGAUAAUUUUCCUUAUUCUGGCUUCAUUGGUAUUUUCACCAGAAAUGAGCUCAAGUCAGCUUAGUGGUCCACCAUUGCCGCUGCCGAUGUCUUUACAGCAAGCAGAGAACGGAGUUCCUUUUCAAAGCCAAGAUGACACGCGCCGUCCUGGGCUAUACCCAUUGAAUUUCAUGCAGACGAUACCUUUACAUAAUGGAUCUCAAGAAAGGCACGAUCUAGUCGGAGUCUUUUUUGAACAAUUUUUCUUAGAAUAUUCACCAGGAUGUGACAACGACUACGUUGUGAUUAUAAAGCGUGUUUUGGAAAAUAAUGAAAUAUUAUGGGGACCCAUUUGCGGCCAACAAGGGGCAUUUAUGAGAACCCUCGAUCCGAACAUCUUCAAUGUCAUGCUACUUUUUAAACCAAUCGGACACUUGGAUAUGAUCUUCAGCAGUGAUUUUGAGAUACCCUCAACAGGUUUUACUGGGUAUAUCCUCAAUAUCAGCACGAUGAAUGAUUUUUUACCGUGCACACAUUUCAUUGAAUCAUUGAGGGGUUGGAUCAAAGUACACAGCGGUAUUACAAACGGAAUACCUCAGUGUAAAUUUUACCUAACUGCCCCUGCGGACCACGUGAUAAAUGUGACAGUUCCUAUUCAUAAAAACGAAACAUGCGGGGAUUUUACUUUUUAUGAUAAUGAUGAAGGGGUGGAAAAACUUUUGGGUAAACACCAGGUGAACAGAACUUCGACAACAUUUUCUAUUCACGGCAACACGGACCAAAUGGUUAUUACGUUCACAGAAUGUAGUGGAUUCUUUGGAGAUAUAAUAGCAAACUACGUUGCUGUUCCCAGGGAGAGAAUGGAGAGUAGCCUUUGUCCUGGUGCUUACAAACUUUUUGAAGGUUUUUGUUACUCGUUUAAAAGAUAUUCUGCGCCCUUGACUUGGCAGAAAGCAGAACGCGACUGUGUAGAGGAAAACGCCCAUCUUGUCAGUAUCCAAAGCAGACGAGAGAUGCGCUUCCUUAACAGGUUGCUGAACAGUCAUGGUGUGCUGCAUGUAAACGAUGUCUGUGAUUCCUAUCACACAAACAGCGGCGUUUUUAUUGGGUUACAAUCCACAGAUGGGUUAACUAUAUUCAACUGGACUGACGGGAGUGCGUAUACAUAUGCAGAAUGGUACGGGCCUGUGAAAUACGGAUUCAAUGAAUACGAUAUUCCCGAUUUCGUUGAAGCUGUUGUGAUGGAAUACCUUUUACAACCGGUUCCAGACCGUACUCUUACGUGCUCGUUAAUGAUGCCUUUUUAUCCAGAAAAAGGACAUCCACAUGGGAAAAGUCGGUGGGCAAACUGGGCUAAAACACCUUGCCAGCGACCUAUUUGCUGCAUGAGCUCCGUUUGCAAGAAAGCAGCCAAUCCUUUGGACGUCGGACUGAACCAACCAACGACGAAUCUGCCCCACAUAGCUCUGGUCCCAACAACGAAUAUAAGUGCACUGAAAAGUAAAGAGUCUUUCACACCAAGACAUUACUGCCCCGAGAAAUGGGUGUACAUCAGCGGGCGAUGCUUUCACUUGUAUCGACUAGAUAAUUUCGGAUUGCUUCAUAUAGCCCUGACGGAUAAAACUAAAUACCUCACGUAUUCCCGAUCCUACCACUGGUUCACAGAAGGUAAAUACAAUCUCACUUUUAGAAGUGCAGUAGAAAGGUGCAAAUCUAUCGGGGGAGAAGUGGCAAUAUUCGAUGAUUUCUCAUUCUCGAGUAGCGAAUUUAUACAAUAUUAUCAUAGGAUCUGGGCCAAAGAAACUCAGUGGGUGAACCAGAGCGCCAUCUUAGGAUCUGGUACCGAAAGAAAUGUCAAAUUGUUUUCUCAUUUUGAAUCCCCUUGGUUCCGACUGCCUUCCGGAGCAUGUGCACGCUCGUCAAUGCCUGGACAAAUGCCCGGAUGGUUUAUGUCACAGCCAUAUAACAACUGCAUGUCUGACACAACACAAGGUUCUCUUUUUGCUCUCUGCGAGACGGCUGUGCUAUCAGAAAAACAAGACUGUUCCACACAUCAGUACCGGUGUAGUGACGGGACAUGUAUAUCUGUGAGAAACAUUUGCGACGGGGAAAAUGAUUGUCUACGCGGAGAGGACGAACUCAAUUGUUUUUGUGGUACAGAUAGCUUUCGCUGCACGAACGCUUCAUGCAUUCCUAUAAGUAAGGUGUGUGAUCACGUGUCUGACUGCGCAGACGGUAGUGACGAAGACUGGUGCUUAUUUCCAGCUUGCAAUGAAAAACAGAAUAUAUGCCCUCAUGGACAAUGCAAAAACACAGCUUCCCCAUGCAAUCUGAGUCGUGGACUCAAAAACCCUGACGGUUCUCUGCUCGGCUCUUCCAAAGUGAACUCAACACAAAUGGACGCAUGCGCCAAUGGCUUCCAGUGCUAUACGGGUGAAUGCGUGUCCGCUAAAAGUAUCGACGACCGGUACCCUGACUGUCCGGGCUUCUCCCAGGAGGACGAGCCUGUGCUUGCCAUGCCAAAUGAGGGUGAAACCAACUGCGGAGUGGGCAUAUUCGCUCGACCAAUAAACCUAACGUACUGUCCAUCUCUUGACCAAAUUAGAUGCACCCCUGGCCACACAAGUUGCUUCCCACGACACUUAGCUUGCAUUCACGAUAAAGAGCAAGUGAAAGCAUUAAACACAUGCAGACAUUUUGAGCAUCUUCAGCAGUGCCAGACGUAUGAAUGCCCCAGUAUGUUUAAAUGUUCGAACACAUACUGCAUUCCACUGCGACAGGUCUGCGACGGAGAAAAAGAUUGUCCUCGCGGGGAAGACGAGGAUGAGGCGAGAUGCACCAAUCAUACGUGUCCAGGUCAUUUUCGGUGUAUAGGAGAACGACAGUGUUUGCACCAGAGUGAGGUAUGCAAUGGUGUAGUGAAUUGUAUACAUUCGAAUGACGACGAAGUUUUCUGUGAUAUAAAUGCGACCUUACCCAGUAGUUGCAAGCACAAAGGAUACUUUCUGGACUGUACGGGGCAAGGACUAAGUUCCAUACCAAAGUACUCUCCCGAUAUCAGAGGACUGGCUUUUGCGAGAAACAAUCUCUCCCUUAGCAAUGAAACAUUUAAUGGACACUUCUUAUUAGUUAGAUUGAAUAUAAGUUUCAAUAAUUUGAAAAUGAUUCCCCCAGGGGCAUUUUCACACUUGAACAAUGUUAUAGAUUUGGAUCUGUCUUACAAUCAGAUAACGGAUUUUGUCGCUAAUUGCUUUACCGGACUGGUCAAUCUUAAGAACCUGAUACUUGAAGGGAACCCCUUGCAACAUAUAGAGCCUGGCGCAUUUGAAGGCUUAAGUAAUUUGAAAGUUUUGAACCUCAGCUUCCUGAACAUCCAGACUUUGGCCCAAAAUACUUUUAGGGGCUUGAAGACUCUAUCCAUUCUUAACAUAAGCUUUAACACAUUGUCGUCCGUGGCAGACGGUGCAUUUAAGGGUCUACCAAGGCUACAUGAAUUAGAUAUGACGGGUAACAAGGACGUACUAGUUGAACCUGACGCAUUUAUAGAAUUUCAGGCGGACUUGUUAAAGUCAGACCAAUUUGGCAUUUGUUGCCUGGCUCAGCGAAAAGGUAAAGUUGACGUUUGUUUUCCACCAAAAGACGAGUUCUCCUCCUGUUCCGACCUGUUGCAAAAUCAAUUUCUGCAGGUGUCCAUUUGGGUUAUGGGAAUUUUGGCAUGCUUGGGUAAUGCAGUCGUCCUCAUAUAUUGGCUAAGAAAGAAAGAAUCUGCUGCCUCUAGUAUACUGGUGAUGAACCUUGCAUUGGCGGAUCUCUUCAUGGGGGUGUAUCUUAUCAUUAUAGCCUCAGCGGAUACAAUCCACCGUGGAAUAUAUGCCUCACAUGCUGUCAAAUGGAUGUCUAGUGGUAUGUGUAAAUUUGCAGGGUUUAUGUCCAUGGUUUCCAGUGAAAUGUCCGUGGUGAUCUUAGUUUUAAUUACGGCGGAUAGACUGGUGUCUAUCGUUUAUGCCAUGAAGAUGAAAAAGAUUGGUACGAAAAAAAGCUUACUGAUGGCUGGUGUUAGUUGGGUGUUAUUUCUGAUUUUAAGUGCAGCUCCUCUCGUAGAAGUGGGGUACUUCAAAGAUUUUUACGGGCACAACUCGGUCUGUUUACCGUUCACGUUGAGCAGGGUUGAGUUCGGGGGCAGGGAAUACGCCUAUGUAAUAUUCGUAUUUUUCAAUUUUGCUGCCUUUCUUUUCAUGUUUUCUGCGUAUGUUGCAAUUUUAAAAUAUGUGUACGAAUCACGCAAGCACUCAGGGAGAGAGGAGACAGAUAGGGAUGUGCAGUUAUUAAAAAAGAUAUCCCUGAUUUUGAUUACUGAUUUUUUGUGCUGGGCCCCAGUUACGGUGCUGGGGAUUUUGAGCAUGGCAGGCGUUCCAAUUAGUCCUGAGGUCUCAAGUUGGGUCGCAGUCUUUAUCUUACCUAUCAACUCCGCCAUGAACCCGAUAUUAUACACUCUAGCCAAUAUCAAGAUAUGUGGGAAGCUUAAGAAGAAAUGGCGCAAUUCCCUUUCUAAUUCAUAUACUAAACACAGUUCUAGCAAGGAACACACUGCUGAGACAAAAAUGUAAUAAGAAGAUUAAAGCAGCAUUUGUCCCAAAGUUCAGAUUUUUUUCUUUGGUAUUUAACAACUAUAGUGCCCAUUAGUAAUUUUUAAAUUAUGUGAAACUUGUUGUCCAUUCUUUUGGAAGUUAUCGACAAAAAAGAGGCUAUCUAUUACAAUGUACCUAGAAAGAUUUAAUUCUAUGGUAAAAGAAACCCAUAUUUCAACAAAGUUUUAUAUUUUAAUUGGUAACAGAGAAAAAUCUGAUCUCAGGGUUUGAAGUCGUGGGAACACCUGACCUAAUCAUCUGAACCAGUAUCCAAAACAUGUAGUGACUCCCUUUAUUUUGAUACACUUAUUUUGUGUUGCUUUGUACACGUGUUUUAUGUACUUUAUGAUAAAUCUUUAUAGACAGUAAAUGCAUGUAUAAUUUUGAAUCAUGCAUAUGUGUGCAUGAGUAUUUGUCGCAACAUGAUACCAUUGCGGGUUGUAGGUACCCCGGUAACUGAACAUACAAAAAUAUUAUGAUAACCAUUUCACAGUUCGUUCUUCGCCCAAGGGAACCACCCAAAUAAGGUAUUUUAAUUAUAUUAAAUAUAUUAAAAUUGGAACCUAGCCCAAUUUCAUCGACACGCUUCGCAAAUAAAAAUAUUGCCAACUUAAAGAUCUGGUUAAUAUAGCCUAAACCACCUAAAUGAACUCGUAUUGAUUUUUACCGAUACAUUAGGGCUUGUGAAUAGGAGUAAGACUCCGAAGCGUAUAGUAAAAUGUAAUGCCACAUGCAGUCAAACUGGUGCUGUACAGAAACACCAUCUCGAUAUGAAAAGGACCAUAUAUACUCCAUUUGGCGAAACCUCACUAAUUUAUAUCAUCAAGUGUUAUAUACUACGGGUCUAUCAACGCUGGUGCUAGAGAGUCGUGUUAUUGAACUAAUUGAUCAAUCACAUCUAAAGGCAGCCCCACAAGCACCACAUUUGGUGUUAAUUUGAAUUAGAGCAAAUCAACAUAUUACGUGGCAAAUAAUUCAACUACUGUAUGUUGUUCAUUUGUAUAAUAAAUAGAAAUGAUGAAACGA